GAUAAAAAUAUCUCUAGCGCGAUUGCCCCAAAAAGCUUAAACGCGUCCUAGAGCACUUUGGUACCACACGCGAUUUCUCCUCCACCCAUGUAAGUAAGCUCAAAUACAUCAAUCAUCAAAUAAUAAAUGCAUUCAACCACAAAAUAAUCCACCAUUCCUCUGCGCAUCUCCAAAUUAACCUCAAACGAGAAUAUUUACGAAAACUACAACGCCGCGAUUGGACCUUUCAAUUGAAAAUGGCUCCGCGCCGCGGUGCGAUCGAAUCUCCUGAACCAGAAGAACCAUCUAAGAGCUUAGUCUUUAAUGAGCCAUUAUCAUGGCGCGCAGGGAAGCCCAUUGCGACCGAAACUCUAUUGAAGAGACUUAAGAAGCUCGCGAGUGAGCUGCGAGAUAUGGACCAGGAGGAAAUUGAUAAAUCAUCAUUGACUGUAGUGGCCAAGGAACUUGGGGCGCAGAAUUUAUUAAACCACAAGGACAACGGAGUCAAGGCAUGGGCAGGAUGUUGUUUGGUAGAUAUAUUGAAGCUUUGCGCUCCGGAUGCACCAUAUACUAGUUCGCAGGUUAAGGUAUACCAUCUCAGACAUUCCAAGACAUUAAAUCAGGACCUAACCUUACCAGAAUAUCUUCACCUUCUUCGUCACCACCAUUUUACCAGCCCUCUCUAACCCUAGUCACACAUACAAUACCGAGCACAAAUAUGUUUUGUCAUCUCUCGCAGAAGUCAAAAGUAUCGUCUUGAUGACGGAUCUUCCUAGUGCUGAGGAUCUCAUGCUUCAUCUUUUCAGCACUUUCUUUGACAUUUGCUCCGGUUCCUCAAAAUCUUCUACGGGGGAACAAAUAAGUAAAGAUGUCGAAUACAACAUGUCACAAUGUUUAGUUACUUUGGUGGAUGAAGCGCCAGUGAUGGGUCCUCAUGUUAUCGAUAUUAUUGUUGCACAAUUUCUACGAGCUGCUACGCCUAGUGGAGGUAAAAGCAAGCACGGUGCAAAGGCCGAUGACAAGCAAUCCACGCUAUUGUUGAAAGAUUUACCAGAAGCAUACAAUAUGGCAAAGACGAUCUGUAAUGAUUGCUCUGAUAAGAUGUCUCGUUAUGUUAGUCAGUACUUUAAUGAUGUUAUGAUGGAGGUUUCUACAAGUGGAGGUAAAGCAAACGGACAUCGGAAGGAUGAUGCAGAUUCGGAUGAAGAUGAUGCACCCACAGGGCCAACAGAUUCCGAUCUGAAAGAACUUAACAAGGCCCAUCGACUUCUUAGAGAAUUGUGGCGUGCAUCACCUGCGGUUCUGCAGAAUGUCAUUCCUCAGGUGGAGGCAGAAUUAUCAGCGGAGAAUAUCCAAUUACGAAUGUUGGCUACCGAGACUUUAGGAGAUAUCAUCUCUGGUAUUGGUGCUGCAGGACCACCACCUCUUCCAAACAUGGAUCCAGCUGCCUAUCCACCUGUACGACUUGAUGAUUACCCGGUAACACCCAUCACAAGCAUUCUCAUCAAACCCAGUUCACCACAGUCGUUUUCUCAAACACAUCCAUCUGUUUGGCAUAGCUUCAUUGGUCGAAAAAAUGACAAAUCGCCAGUCAUUCGGUCAGCUUGGACCACAGCCAUUGGCCGAAUCUUGGUUACUCAGGCAGGAGGUAUUGGGUUAAAUCGAGAGGACGAAGUUGCACUGGUCAAGUCAUUGGCAGAGAAGUUGAAUGAUCCAGACGAGAAGGUCCGAAUUGCUGCUGUGAAAGCGGUUGCAAGUUUCAAUCUUGUGGAUAUUAUGGAAAAGCUUGCGCCUAAUGGCCCAGUAACUAAGUCCGGUUCUGUUCUUAGCAACUUGGCCGACCGAGCGAGAGACCGUAAGCCUGCGGUUCGAGCAGAGGCUAUGACAACACUUGGUACGAUAUGGGGUGUGGCUACCGGUGAGAUUGCUGCAGGAAAUGAGAGUGUUAUCGCUUCAUUAGGGGCUAUUCCCUCGAGGAUUUUCGAUGGUUUCUUCGCCAAUGAUUCAGAGCUUAAUGUUGUGUUAGAUCAUGUGAUGUUCGAGCAGCUAUUACCUUUGACAUAUCCUCCUUCCAAGAUCAAAGGCUCGAAGAAUGGUUCGUCUCAAUCCCAGUUAUCUUCCGACGAACCAUUCGAUGCAGACAGAAUCCGAGCAGAGCGCAUCUUAUUGUUAGUUCGAUCUCUUGAUCCUAAACCCAAGAAGGCUUUCUUUGCUAUACAGGCCCGGACAAAGUCAUACUCUGAUGUUUUCAAUGCAUAUAUUAAAAAGUGCGAAGAGUUCAAUGGUGGGGUAACCGAUGGUGAUGCUGCAGAUGCUAGACAAAAGCUGAACGCAGUGAUUGAAUAUCUCCUUCAAUUCUUUCCAGAUCCCCUUCGGACAAGCCAAGAUUUACAUAAAUAUGCGAAGCUUCAUGAUCGGAGAACUUAUCAACUUUUACGGUACACAAUGGAUCCUAAGAGCGAUUUCAAGACUGUUCACAAUGCGAUCAAAGAAUUCUCCAAACGUAUCGAGGCAGCACCCAACGCUCCAGCUGGUCUUCUUGAUACUCUUACACCCCUUAUUUACCGUUCUGCGUUCUUGAUAUACAAUCGAAGUCAUUUGCCUACUAUUCUCCAGUUCUCGAGGACUGAUGAUAAAGGGUUAGGUGCUACAGCUCAAGAGGUCAUGAACGAAAUUUCCGAGAAGAAUCCACAGGUCCUGACAGCGAACAUCAAGGAGUUAUGCAAAACUUUGGAGGAUGAGGCACCAACGGAGACGAAAGAGAACGACGCAGGCACUGUGGCAACCUUGAAAGCAUGCGCAGUAUUUGCCAAAAGCAAGACCGAAUCUAAAUCACUUCCAAAAGACCGCAAGUUUACUCAAACAUUAGUCAAUUACGCAUCCUAUGGAACACCACCUAAGGCUGCCAAAUAUGCGAUAACUCUUUUGAUGGCUGCCACCGACCGAAAGGAGAUGCAUGCAAAGGAUCUUUUGGACGAGUCAUCGAAAGAAUGGGAAUAUGGAGAGGGUCAUUUCUUGACCAAGUUGGCAGCAAUCAGUCAAUUGCAGCUGUUAUCACCCAAGAUUGCCGAUGACUAUAGUAAUGAGAUUCUUGAAAUCACCACCAAAAAAGUUCUUUUACAGGUCCGAACUCCAGCGAAAGAGGCUGAUCCCAGCUGGCAAAAUGAUGAUGAAUUGGAUGAAGAAUGCCAAGCUAAGUGCUGGGCUCUGAAAAUUUUAGUGAACAGGCUGCGUACAGUCGAAGAGGCAGAAAUAAAAACUGUUGCUCAACCCGUCUAUAAACUUUUGAACACAUUGAUCGUUAAUGACGGAGAGCUUUCAAAGAAGCAGGAUACCCCCAGACAUCACAAAUCUCGAUUGAGGUUAUUGGCAGCACAGUUAAUGCUCAAGCUUUGCACUACUCCAGUAUUCGACGAACUUUUAACUCCCGCUCAAUUUGACCGUCUAUCUUUCGUGGCUCAAGACGAGCACAUGAAUGUUAGAAAAGGUUUUGUUGAAAAGCUUCAAAAAUACUUGGUUAAGGAUAAGCUCCCUGAUCGUUUUUACACAACCAUUUUCUUAACUGCUUUCGAACCGGAACAAAACUUCAAAAAUUCAAUCAUCACAUGGAUUCGUUCUCGUGCGAAAGUCUUUGUUGAAUCCAAGACUAUGGUACUGGAGAAAACUCUCCCACGACUGCUCUCACUCUUAGCACAUCACCCAGAUUAUAGUGUUGAACCCAGGGAACUUAUCGACCAUGCUCGUUACAUAUUAUACUACGUGUCUUCUAUUGCGUCGGAAGACAAUCUAGGUCUUAUCUAUAAGUAUGCUCAAAGUGUCAAACAAGCUCGAGAUGCUAUCAACCCUGCCGAAUCAGAAAAUCUAUACGUCUUAAGUGAUCUCGCGCAAGCAGUAAUAUCAAAGUGGGAAGCCAAGAAGGGUUGGACUAUGCAGUCCUACCCGGCCAAAGUUAGGGUUCCUGCAAAAUUGUUUGGACCACUUCAAUCUCACAGUAUAGCUCAAGAAAUUGCUGAAAAGAACUUCAUACCAGAAGAAAUGGAUGAAGAAUUAGACAGGUUGAUUAGAAAUGUGGACAAGAAAAAGGUAUGUCUCAGUCGCACUUAUUUCCAGUCAUGUGUUUUAAGUUAUUUGCUAAUACCAAUCACAGUCACAAAAACGAAAAUCUAUGGAUGAAUCUUCUCUCCCCGUAGCCAAGAAACAGAAAUCGGAAGGAAGACCUAAAUCUACAGCUCCCAAGAAAGAAAGGGUAGCCAAAACUCCUAAGCCAAAGAAAAUCAAAGAGCCAAGAACUCCGGCUAUUAGUAGUGCGGAGAGAAGAAAGAGUGGAAGAGGUACGAGUGCUAGAAAGAGUUAUGUUGAUAGGGAUGACAGUGAGGAUGAGGAUGAAAUGUUGGAAGGAGUUAGUAAGUGGGAGUACUUUGAUAAGGAUGGUAAUAGGGUGGAAUCAGAAGAUGAUGAGGAUGAAGAUGAUGUUGAGGAAAGCGGAGAUGAUGUUGAGGAAAACGGAGAUGAUGUUGAAGAAAAUGAAGAUGAUGCAGAGGAAGAAGAACCGAAGCCAAAAUCGACAGGGAAGGGAAAGGCAAAGACAAAGACACCCAAGAAAUCAGCCCGGACUGUGGUCAGCGAAGAUGAGGCUGAGGAAGAGGAUGUGGUUAUGGAAGAUGAGGCACAACCCGAAGUUGAACCUGAACCUGAACCUGAACCUGAAUCGGAGACCGAACCUACACCACCACCAUCUAAACGUGGAGCAAGAGCAGCGGCUAAAUCAAAAGCAAAGGCAAAAACACCCUCUAAAGCAAAAAAUCAAGCUCCUGUCAUUGAAGAUGAGAAUGAGGUUGAGCAAGUCCAAGAAGAUGUGGAUAUGGAAGAGGAACUCGUAUCUUCGCCUCCGAAACGCGCUUCUAGAUCUGCUAAAGCUACACCUAAGGAUAAGAAAUCGAAUGGCAAAAAAGUCAUACCGCAGGAGGAGGUCGAAUUAGACGAAGGUGACGUGGCAGAUGCGGAUGAUGCAGAAGGAUCAGCGGAAUCGAUAGCACCGGAAGAAAUAUCGCUACCUACUCCUUCUCCUCCACGCGCCAAAAUGAAUACUAGGAAUCCUAGAGCUUCUGGUAGGGGAAGAAAUGGUAGAGGGAAGAAAGCGGUCAGUCCGGAACCUGAAGCUGAGGUUGAAGAAGAGCAAGUACUUCAAAAAGAGGAUUCUCCCGCAGUUGAUGCAGAAGAUGAAGAUGUAGAAAUGGCUGAUGAACCUGAAGUCCAAGCUGAUGUCGAAGAAGAACCUCAAACUAACGGUAAGAAAACUCGUGGUAGUACUAAGUCUCGUGGGAAUAUAUCUACGUUACCUGUUCAAACGAAAUUAAAGGUAGAUAGACAGGUAUUGAAACCGACAAGGAACACAAGGGGAAAGGUUCAAGAAGUGGAGGAGGAAGUUGUGGGGGAGGUAGCGGAGGAGGUGGUUGAAAGUACACCAGUCAGCGCGAAAGCUGGUAAGGGAAGGAAGAUUAGGGAUGUAGUUGGGAGUGGUAGGACGACAAGGGGAAGAGCUAAGUGAUGGGUGAUUGAACGAUGAUGGGAAAUUGAAGAGUGGAGCUGCAGGCAGGAAAAGCGUAUACCCAGUUCGCGUUGCGAAAAGGUUUUGUUUGUUGUAUGGAUAUCUGUUGAUUCUUUUCAUACGAUUGGUAUAUGGCUCAUGGUACAUGAUUUGAUUGGUCGAAUUCAUUCUCGAUAUUCGGUACUAUUUAAAUAUCGCAGCUGAGGGAAUAGUGAUGAUGAGAGGAGAAGUGAAGUUAAGAGGUUAGAUGGGACGGUGAAGGAAAAUGAAGUAUGAAAAGGUGUGGGGGGAAGGAGGGGUAAGAAUGCGCAGGACGGAAGACAGAAAACAGAAAGGAGAAUUAGUAAUUUUAUAUUUAUGGAAACGGAAUACAAAUGAAAUGGAAUAAAGUGGAUGAGUUGUUUAUGUGCUUACUUGCUUGCUUGCUUACUUGUAUUAUUAUUGUUUUUUGUAGAUAUUUAUC